GGAUAAAGAGGCCAGAAGAGAGAGAAAGGGUGAAACCCAAGUGAGAGAGAGAGAGAGAGAGAGAGACCCAAGUGGGAUAUGAAGGGAAAGAAAUGGGUGAAUCAGGGAGGACAACACCUGUGGACCGCGACAUUGAGCAGGCGAUCAUAUCUUUGAAGAAGGGGGCACAUCUAUUGAAGUAUGGAAGCAGAGGAAGACCCAAAUUCUGCCCAUUUAGGCUUUCCACGGAUGAAAAGGUUUUGAUUUGGUUUUCUGGGAAGGAGGAAAAACAGUUAAAAUUAAGUUCGAUUUCAAAGAUCAUACCAGGACAGAGAACUGAAAGAUUUCAGCGCCAACCUCAACCAGAAAAGGAAUAUCGUUCUUGUUCUCUUAUUUAUGGAAAUGGACAGUCACUUGAUCUGAUAUGCAAGGACAAAGAGCAAGCAGAAGCUUGGUUCGUGGGGUUGCAAGCCUUGGUUUCCAGAUCUCGGCAUUUCAAAAUCUCUACCAAAUCAUGCAGUGAUGGCGGGGUACAUUCCUAUUCAAACAGCCCGGCUAGUCAUGUACGAAGGAAACAGAACUCUGGAUUUCAAGAGGAUUCAGCAAAGCACUCGCAGGAUACUAUUCGCCCUGUGAAGGUGCCCAGCUUGUAUGGGAGCCCCUCUGGUUCCUCCAAAGAGAAGUCAGAUUUAGAGUAUUCUUUAUACUCAUUGGAUAUGGCAUCCUUCUCUGAACCAAGAAGAUUAUUAGAUGCCAUGCUGACCCUACAUGAAGAAUCAGACCAUUUCAGUAAACAGAUGGGCGAGACAGCCCUUAGUGAAGAGUUCAAGAUAAAUUUGCCAAGUGGAAUGAGCUCUUCUUCUAUGGAAGAGAGAGAUUCCUUGAGCGAUGUAUUAAUGUGGGGAGAAGGAAUAGAAGGGGCAACUUUAGGGGGUGGAAUUCACAGAUCUACCAGUACUUCUGGAAUAAAAUUUGAUGCAUUAAUACCCAAAUUACUAGAUUCAACAGGAAUGCUUGACGUUAGGAGUAUUUCAUGUGGUAGAAAGCAUGCUGCUCUAAUUACUAAACAUGGGGAAGUCUUCUGUUGGGGAGAGGAGCGCAAUGGAAGGCUAGGCCAUAAGAUUGAUAUGGACGUUUCUCACCCAAAAGUAGUGGAAUCUCUUUCUAGUUUAGACAUAGAAUCUGUUGCCUGUGGUGAAUACCACACUUGUGCUUUGACCGAUUCUGGUGAGCUUUAUACGUGGGGUGGAAGCUCUCCUUGUGAAGAACUUUCAGGAAACAAAAGCCAGUGGUUUACUAGAAAAGUUUUGGGUCCGGUAGAGGGUAUCUCCAUCUCAGGAAUCUCAUGUGGAGCCUGGCAUACUGCUGUUGUGUCCACCUCUGGUCAAUUAUUUACAUAUGGGGAUGGAUCCUUUGGGACCCUUGGUCAUGGAGAUCUCAAGAAUUAUUUUCAACCGCGAGAAGUUGAAUCUUUGAAGGGUUUAAGGGUGAAGUGGGUGGCUUGUGGCUCUUGGCACACUGCUGCUAUAGUAGACAUUAUAGCUGACCAUUCAAGAGAUAAUCUUAACCCUGGUACUCAUUGUGGGAAAUUAUUUACUUGGGGAGAUAGUGAUAAAGGAAGACUCGGGCAUCAGGAUAAGGAAAGGAAGCUCCUUCCCACUUGUGUUGCUUCUCUAGUGGAGCAUGAUUUUGUUCAAGUGGCAUGUGGGGAGGCUCUGACAAUUUCAUUGACGAGUUUGGGUAAGGUAUGUACCAUGGGAGCCUUUGCUCUGGCAGAAGGCAAAUCUGCCUCAGUUGUGGAGGGUAAGUUGAACGAAGAGUUUGUGAAAAUGAUUUCAUGUGGCUCUUAUCAUGUUGCAGUUUUGACAUCAGAAGGGGAGGUUUAUACAUGGGGAAGGGGAGUAAAUGGACAACUUGGGCAUGGUGAUGUGGAGGAUAGGAAUUCUGCAACUUUAGUGGAGGCCUUGAGAGAUAGGAAGGUAAAAAGUGUGGCUUGUGGGUCAAAUUUCACGGCAGUGAUUUGUUCUCACAAACCCAUUUCAAGCAUUGAUCAAUCAGUUUGCACUGGUUGUAGAAUGGUUUUUGGGUUCACUAGGAAGAGGCACAACUGUUAUAACUGUGGAUUUGUGUUCUGUCAUGCUUGCAGUAGCAAAAAGGCCAUGCAUGCAUCUCUGGCACCAAGUAAGAGAAAGCCCUAUCGUGUAUGUGAUCCUUGUUUCUCUCACUUAAAAAGAUUUGUGGAUUCCAGCCUAAAUUCGGAGACACCCAGUUCUCGGAAACUGUCAAUGAUGCAGAAGGUGACAGUUCCCAGUCUGAAACUGGAGAAGACAGAUACGACAUUUGUUAAGCCCCAAUUAUUGUCACCAAAGCUAUACGGUUAUGAGAGAAAUGAGUGUUUAGAGAGAGAAACAUUGAACAAACAGGGAAGAAAUGCUCCUGAUCCAUCUUUGUUAUGUGGGGGACCACGAUGGGGACAGGUAGCAUGCCCCCCACAAUUUAGCUUAUAUAAUAAAGAGAACAGCCUUUCACUAGCCAUCAUUCCGGCAAAAAAUAUGCCACAAGGAGUUUCUUCUUUUCCAAAGGAGCAAAGCCACCCAAAAGCAGUGGUUGGAAUUUCUCAUUCUGCCAACUCAAGUAUCCCCAAUUUUGAUUCCAAGGAUUCAAAAGAAUCAAAUAAAGUUCUUGCUGAAGAAUUGCAGCGGCUACAUGCUCAGGCUACAAAUCUUCAGAAACAGUGUCAAUUGAAAGAUGAAAAAAUCCAACACUACAAGAAACGCAUUGAAGAAACUUGGUCACUUGCCAGUGAGGAAGCUGCUAGGUGUAAAGCAGCAAAAGAGGUCAUAAAAGCAUUGACAUUACGGCUAAGGGAAAUGUCAGAGAAAUUAUCAUCAGAAAAAGAAUCAACCGAGGUGGCCACCCCACGUUUGCUAAGCAUUGUUUAUAGACCUCAGACAGAGAGGGAAUCAACUAAAGUAGGAACACCACGUUUAUUGGAUAUUGUUAAUGGACCUCAAACUUUGAAAGUAUCGACCAAAGUGGUGCCACAAGAUUUAGAGGACCUCAAAUCAAUGGAUGAUAACACAUAUAAGGAUACUCCCUCUGUCCGUGCUAUUAAAGAUAAGCAGACUAACGGUUUAUGCAGCUCAGUUCUUCCAUCUCAUGAUAUGUUGACGAACUCCAAUGGAAGAUUUCACUCUCAAACCCUAGCUAAAUUUGCCGAUGGGGAUGACCAACCUUCAAGUGAAGGUACAAGAGAAAACUGUAAGAAACCAGAGAAUGGGUGCUUAUCGGAGUGGGUAGAACAAGAUGAACCAGGUGUAUAUAUUACAUUGAGGUCUUUGCCGAGUGGCCAAAAGGAACUCAAGCGUGUAAGAUUCAGCCGAAAGAAGUUCACUGAGAAGGAAGCAGAGCGGUGGUGGUCAGAGAAUCGCUCGAGAGUCCAUCGAAAAUACAAUAUUGACAGUAUAGGCUCAGGCACGAACAGCAUGAGGACCAUAUAAAGUUUCUUCUCUCUAGCUGUCAAAGAGAACCGAAGAGAGAACUCUUCCUAAGAUUUUUGAAAGAAAAGAAUAAUACAGCAAAUAGAAGAGUUCUUCUUUAGCAUUGCAGAGCUCAAAACAGGCAUAGACAAUGCUGCGGUUGAUUGAAGUUAGCCAUGCACAAGAACAAGAAGAGCGAUCUCAAAUAAUACGAAAUCAGGAGCAAUGAGAAAGGCCCAUCCAUUACCAAUCUAUGAUUAGCCAGCCAGUGUUUAUCCAAGUUCAAGGUUCUUCCUUUGUCAUGGAUAAGAAGAUGAAUGGAAAGGCUGACUUGCAUCUGCAUCAGUGCCGAAGCAAAGAUUGUCGACAAACACACUGAUCCCAAGUAUAUAUACACCCACACAUCCAAGCCAACCAGGCUUUUUGGAAUUUGAAUAUUGUAACCACUUCCCUUGUAUAGUUGAUAAUGAAUCUCUCUCUCUAUUUAUUGGUUGUUCAAUGCUUUACUGUGUAGUUGCUCAAUCAUGGAAACAUCAAGAGUGGGAAUCAACA